AUGAUUGAAUUGAAAUCUAUAAACAAGGAGUUUUAUUAUUUUAUUAUUGAAAAUACACACGGGAUGAAUCAAAUACAUCAGUUUAACGAAUUUAUAGAAAAUUAUGACACUCAUGUUAUGUCAAUAAGUAGUUCUAGUGAGUUUAAAUAUAGAUUUUACGUAAUGUUUAGGAGGUUUGGAUCAAGAUUGAUUAAUUUAAAAAAAAACCAUCGAAGAUUUUAUUGA